UAAGCAAUACAUGUGCCGGCGGAUUGUUAAAUUAAAAAAAAACAUGUUUUAAUAAACAGUAGACGCUCGGAGAGAUUAAUAUUCAAGCUGCCCUUGCUAUUUCAGCCAUAAUUCUCAUCUAAGCAGUAAGCUCGUUCAACUGUUGUAUCUCUAUAUGUAUGUAUGUAUAUAUGUAGAUAUACAUAUGUAUUUAUAUAUGUACAUAGAUUCAUGCAUUUAUUCAAAUGGCUGUGAUUGACUUUAGUGUUGAGAUCAACCCUAAGUCGCGCUAUUUUUACCGGACUGUUAAGGAAACGUUGAAAGGCCCGCUGACUGGGCCGAAAAAAGGUACAAGUCCCACGGUAGUCUUGACGUUAUCAAAAAGGCAUAAAGGGCCAAUUAAAAUUGUGUGUCAAUUGGUGCAAGCAUACAAGGAACACAAUGGAACACGUCUCGUAUCGGCCAAUACCUUACAAUCUACAAGUAAAAAAAAAAUUACCAGUUCCGAUCUCACUUUUGUGCCAGUCGAGGAAAAAAUGGUCGCUACAGAUAAAAGCCGGAAGAGGUUUCAAUUUGAAUUGACCAGCUUUUGCAUUAUAAAGACGAAUAAAAAUGUUGUAAAAGAACAUUUUCCCAGAAUGAAGGAAAAGAUUACUCCCGAAUUGGUGCAAUUACCGGAAGACAGUGUGAUAACCCAAGAUUUUGGCAAGGAUGAGACGAUGUAUCUGGCAUUUACGGUCUUCAUAGAAAAGAGCAAUGGGGAAAGUGAAACUCGUACUAUAUUUUCGGAGGGCAUACGCCAUGCCAGCUCAAAAGUCCACAUUAACCGCUGUUGCAACUCCUUAAUACCCUUUGAAGGCAACGUCGCUAUACAUCUAUUACUAAACGACGUAAUAUCCGAUUAUUGUAUAUCUAUUCGCGAUAAAAUUGGCAAUUGGCAUUCGGAACGCAUUCGGCCCAUUGCAAAGGAUAAGUCACAUAAGUUACUCAUCUAUAAAGCUCCAAAAUAUGGACUAAGUGGUGCUACCGAUCCUAAAGAAUGCCAACUGAUACUUUAUGAUGAGGAGAAUAAUGAAGCAGAUUCAGUGGACAUUAAGUACGUGGGAUACCAAUGGGAUAAACCAAGUGGCCAAGUACCGAUUCUUGAAGAACGUGCCACUACUUCAGGUGCCAAACACAGCCUAGAAACGAAUAGGAAUGAUACAACAGCAGUAGGAGAAGCCCCUCCGAAACGACCACGGCUACAACAGCUCCAGCUCCAGGAUGAAACGAAUAUUGAAAAUCCGGGGACGGAAGAUCUGUCGGCAAAAACCCCAGAAGAAGUUGUCAAAUUUUUCGAGGCCAUAAAGGAAAACGAUACGCUUUCAGAGAAAUUGGAUGAAUUCUAUCGAGAUCAGGCCUGUGAUAACGAAGAUAAAUUGGAAGAAAUUCUGAAUCAUAUUUACUCUUUGCUGGAACACGGAAAUGUGAAUGUUGGGGCGAAAUUUGAAAGACUCAUUGCCUUACUCAUUGGUGGAGGCUAUGGCAGAGCGGGAAGUACAAUGAUGUCUAAAUUCAUGGAAUGUGUCAAAAAGUACCUGUCCUUGCUACUCCAAGUUGAACGUAAAUUGCUUUUGAAUCAAGUCUGGUCGCUUUGUCUGAGUCGUGAGCCCCAACCACAUCCCCACGCUGCAGCAGUCCUUCUUCAGUUCUGCGAUGAUUUUGUGCAAGAAUUGAGAAUGGAAUGGGCCUGCAGCUCACAACUAGAUACGGUUCUACAACUUCUUUGCAUGUCAAAUGAUCCCCGAGAGCACAGCUCGGCUGUUGAGGUGAUGAAGAAACUAAGGGUAGCCGUACUCCAAACAAAUGAAGAAAGCGAGUUGGUGGAUAAUAUGCGUGCCAGCUGGAAUUGGUCUCCUGUGCUAUACAAUAAAGAUUGGCUCAACUUUAUCGAGGCGUUGGAGAUUUUUGAGCAGCACGAUGAGAGGCUACCCAUAGAUAGCGACGCGCUAUAUUAUAUUAUAAGCUGGAACGAAAGUGAUUACAGAAUGGGCUGGUUGCGAGUACUGUACGUGAACAUCUUACGCAACAAGGAUAAGAUCUGGGCGUUGUACUAUACGUUGUCGUAUAUUGGAAGCAAUCUUUCAAUUGAAAAACUGUGUCGUAUUAAAAUACUGCGCGAAGUUUUAGAGGCCACCAACAACAUACAACUUUACAAUGAUGAAAAGUGCGAUGAGCUAACAUUUUUAAAUACGUUCUUCAAGCCGUAUAGCAGUAUCGAGCAGUUCCUGGAAGAAUUUGUGAAAAUACAAUGGAAUUCUGUGGCACUGCUAUAUUGGUUGCAGCUCCUGAAGCAGGACGAAUUGAAAAAGUGUCUGAUUAUUGGAAGCGAAGACUUACUUAAGUUGUGCGCAUGCGUACGCUCCGUUCAAAAUUCCCGGCUGCGAUGGCGAGCGAUACGGUUAGUGGGCGAAAUCUUUCUGGAAGAUCCAAUAUCUAUAACGCAGUAUCUCCUAUGCAUCGAGACGUUGCUAAAGCCGGGUGACUAUUUCAACGGCCUUGGGAAGUUGCAGUCGUUGAUAAAAUGGUAUAUCAAGUAUAAACGGCCCAUUGAUAACUUAAGUAAACGUUGCUACGAUAUAAUCGAAGGGAACGUUAACAUUAACCAUUAUUCGAGCAUCCUAAAUAAGCUCAGAAUCCAGCUGAAGAGUCAGCCAAAGGAGCGACACGGGCUGUGGCGAUUUCUGCUCGUAUUCAAAUGGAUCGAAAUGCACGGCACUGAAAAGGAGGAGUGCUUGGAAUUCUUGCGCACAGAAUACGACCUGAAUGUUGCUUUAUUGCACAGAUGUUCAGAUCUUCAGCUGUUGCAAGCCCAUUUGCUGGACAAGUUGGGUUGUGAGACUGAUGAGGAAAGAGAGUUGGUGCUGGAGAGCAGUGUCGAUUUGUUUGUCCAACAAAAUGCGGAGGAAUGGAGUCAAGUUAUAAAUCCAUAUGAUCUUUUGACAACGGGAAAAGUGGAAACGUUUAAGAAACUAUCAGAGCUAUUGGCAGCCCACACGGGUCGCUUAGAAGACGAAAGGAUUCUACCACUGCUAGUUGAUUUGCUAAAAAAGUUUUGGGCCCAGGAGCAUUUCACAUUGCCGGUACCGCCAAUACUGGAAUACGCAAAUAAAUAUCUGAGCGUUGAAGAAAACCACUCGCUGAUUUGGAAAAUAUGGGCCACUGAUUUUGACAAUUGUUGGUUGGUGGAGAAUAUUUUAAAGUAUGCCAAGUGUAUACCAAAUACAUUUUACAUAAAAGGCCUGCUUUUCGGUGGGGCCGUUGAAGGAGAGCAAAGCAUUGAGGAAGCCUAUGAAUACGAUCUAAUUCUGAGGGCGCAUGACGGACACACUCUUAGGAUCAACCACUAUGUUCAAAUUCGAAAUGCUUUUUGCGAUAACUCUCCAAAAGUUUUGAAUCCGCUUCUCGACGAAUUGUUGCGAAUAAAUAACGAUAGAGCACUAAGCGAUCCCAGUUAUGGACGACACUCCCAAGAGCACAGAAUAAAAAUGCGAGCCGCCAGAGCUCUGAUCAAGUUGACAAAAAAUACAGGAUAUUUAUCGGAGGAGUUAUGGACAGCAUUGUUGGCGUCGAAUGAGCAUCUGAAUAUCACCUAUAUGUAUGAGUUGUUAGUGGGUCGUCAGCUGUCCAAUUUAAAGCCGUUAUUGGAGCGAAUCCGAAAACUAUCCACCUAUCAGCGGCACCAACAGAUAUCCCUCAUAAGUGUCGCCCACAUCCAUUGCAUGCUGAACUUUAUGGAAUUGGACAUGGGGGAUCUGCAAGAGCUCAUCGCUUUACUCUUGAAUACAAAUUAUACACACCAUAAGACUUACACUUUUUCAAAAUUAAUAGUACACAGACUGGCGCUAAAAAGUACAAAAUUCAGUAUACAAUUACCAAAUGUUGCCAGUUCUAUUGAGGAAAUUGAAAAUGAAGAUUUUAAGAUUUAUGAGCCAGAAGCUAGACUUCUGCUGCCUGAUAUUUCCCUGACUCAGGGGUCAGCCGAUUUUAUUCUAUAUAUGACGCAUUCGCCUGUUAAUGAAUACGAUAGAAUUGAAGUUGAUAUUCAUUUUUACGCAGAACUUAAAGAAAAACUCGACGAUGCCAAAGACAUGUUUGAAAACUAACCAUCUAAGGUAUGAAAUUUGUUAUAUUUGUAGUUACACACGUACCUGCAUGUCCAUAUAGCUAUAUAAUCGAAUUGCAUUUCGAAUGUAUC